AAUUGUCCCUUUAAAACAAAGGAUUUCUUUGACAAUGGGCAAAAAUAAGUGCCUUUUCAAUAUUAAGUGGAAAAGUAAGUUCAGCUGGGUUAAAGAAAUGAAAGGUAAUUCGUCAAAAGCUCGAUGUAAUUCUUGUAACAAAGUCAUCGACAUUGGGGUGAUGGGAGAAAGCGCACUAAGAUCUCAUGAGAAGAGCGAAAAGCAUAAAGUAAACAGCUCAAAUAUACAACAAAGUCCGUUUUUUGUAUCAAGACCAUUUKUUGAAGAURAACAUCGAAAAAUAAGCGCUCAAGAUGACUCAGCAACUGUUAACGAAGCCGAAACUAGUGUUAAUAAUUUUACAGUCCCAGCACCGCCUGUUGACAAAGCUCAACCCCAAGYACGUGGAUCUAUGAGGGCUUAUACCAAUACUGAUGAAGUUCUCAAGUCGGAAAUAUUAUGGACUUUGCAUUCAAUAGCUGCUCAUACAUCGUUUAAAUCAAAUGAAGAAGUGGGUAAAAUUCUACAGGCUAUGUUUCCAGACAGUGUUAUUGCUUCAAAAUUCACCUGUGGUGAAAAAAAGACAGCCUACAUGUGUGUGUUUGGGUUAGCUGAACACUUUUCACGCCUUCUCAAGGAUGAUGUGAAAGGUUCUUUUACUGUUUUGUUUGAUGAAAGCCUUAAUAAGAAAACUCAAGAGCAACAAAUGGACAUUCAUGUUCGAUAUUGGAAAAGCAAUCAAGUUGUAUCUCGUUACUUUGGAUCAGAGUUUCUGGGUCACACAACUGCUGAGGAUAUGCUGAAACAUUUUUCAGGUGGAGUUUUAGAAAGUGGCUUGCCCAUUAAAAACUUGGCUCAAAUUAGUAUGGAUGGACCCAAUGUGAACUGGAAAUUUUACAAAAUGGUGAAGAACAAACUGUCAGAUGAAUUUGAUACUGGAUUGAUAAAUAUUGGUUCUUGUGGGUUACAUAUUAUACAUAAUAGUUUUAAGGCUGGUGCUGUUGCCUCUGGGUGGGAUAUUUCCACUCUGUUGUUAAGUCUCUACAGACUCUUCAAAGACUCGCCAGCCAGAAGGGAUGACUACAUGAAUGUUUCCAGCUCAAUGGAAAACAAUUUAAUGCCAUUAAAGUUCUGUAGCCAUCGUUGGCUAGAAAAUAUGCCUGUGUGUGAAAGAGCCCUAAAUGUAUGGGACAGGGUUGAGGCAUUUGUUAAAGCUGUCAAAGAGAAAUCUAUCAAAAAUCCAUCCAACAAGUCCUUUGAAACAGUNAGCGCGUAA